GGCCCUUACGCACUACCCUACUUUCGUCGGCCUCUCGACUCCUGGAACCUGGAGGUGUUCUCGUGUUAGUCCCCCCUACGCCUCCGCCGCCGCCGCCGCCGCCGCAAUGAACUCCGGAGACGCCGAGGCAGCAGCGGCCUCCAAGAAGGCCCGGUGCAAGAAGGAGAAGAAAAAGAAGCGAAAGGACGACUGCGGAGCCGCAGAGGCUUCAGCGGCUGACGAAGAAAUCGUCCACGACAAGAAGAGGAAGAAGCAGCUGCAACAGAAGAAGAACGGAGAUGACGUGGCGGUUCCGAAUCGGAAGACCACGGUGAGCAUCGCCGUCGCCGGAUCCAUCAUCGACAACGCCCAGUCCCUCGAGCUCGCCACCCUCCUGGCAGGACAAAUCGCCCGCGCGGCGACCGUCUUCCGCAUCGACGAGGUUGUGGUCUUCGACAGCAAUUCCUCAGUGGAGAACAGCGGCGAUGACGUAGAGAGUGGCGCGCGCUUCCUUGUUCGCAUCCUACAGUAUCUGGAGACUCCACAAUACCUGCGCCGACGCCUUUUCCCGAUGCACAACAACUUGAAGUUUGUGGGGUUGCUGCCCCCACUCGAUGCACCACACCAUUUGCGCAAGCAUGAGUGGUCUGAAUUUCGUGAAGGUGAUCUCUCUCUUCUUGCAGUGCUAUUGGUAUCCACGUUGAAUUGCUUUUAUCGUAUAUGGUUGGCGAAGUCGGCAUUUGUUGUGUGGGGAACUAAAAUCAUGUCACGGCCAUGGGUACUCUAGUUUUCUGGCUAUUUGCUAUAGAGAAUUCGAUCUGUAGCACAGAAACAAGGAACUAAAAUUUCCGCUUUCGACUGGUAGCACAGGCCACUCGUUUUUCUUCCAUCCAUAGCACUUCCACCAAAACUGCAGUGCAAGACGAGUGUUUCCAUGUGAAUAGGGACAGAAAAUGACAAAUUUACCCUUAGUCCUCUCUGUAUUCACACGUGAUUGGUUGGGUUGGACCAUUCCUGUUCUUCAUCAGUUCAUGCUCGUUUGGCUGGGAGAGCAGGCAAGCAUGCGGCGGCUGGCAGUUUGCGCCGUGCGACGGCACAUGGGAUCAAGGUCGUUGAUGACAGUGGCGGCUAACGACUCCUUCCCAUCCCCGAACCCCAUGAUGAACUAGUUUGUUGUGUCCUGUUCAAUCAUUGAUUUGCAAAAAUUAAAU